AUGGGUCAGACGAACACGCACGUCCAUAAUAAUUACACUUCAUCAAAUAACAGCCCAGCUUACGAUAUAAUUGAGUUAGAUAAAGACGAGUGUGCGGUCGCUGAUGACCCUAAAUAUCCCAGUAGCUUGGGAAUAACGCUGGCCGUGCCAGAAUGGGAGGCCAUUUGCACGGCCAUCGUACUCACUCUCAUUAUUAUUUCCACCAUAGUAGGGAACAUCCUCGUAAUUUUAAGCGUAUUCACUUAUAAACCGCUGCGCAUAGUACAAAACUUCUUUAUUGUUUCACUGGCGGUGGCCGAUCUAACAGUUGCCAUAUUGGUUCUACCGCUGAACGUCGCCUAUUCGAUUCUAGGACAAUGGGUGUUCGGGAUUUAUGUGUGCAAAAUGUGGCUGACCUGCGACAUAAUGUGUUGCACGUCAUCAAUUUUGAACCUCUGCGCGAUCGCCUUGGACAGAUAUUGGGCAAUUACGGACCCCAUAAAUUACGCCCAAAAGAGGACCUUAGAAAGAGUGCUCCUAAUGAUCGGUAUCGUCUGGAUCUUGUCCCUCGUCAUUAGCUCGCCACCGUUAUUGGGAUGGAACGAUUGGCCCGAAGUGUUUGAACCUGACACGCCUUGUCGAUUGACGUCGCAGCCGGGCUUUGUUAUAUUUUCAUCUUCCGGUUCCUUCUAUAUACCAUUAGUUAUAAUGACGGUAGUUUACUUUGAAAUAUAUUUAGCGACGAAGAAAAGACUCCGCGAUCGAGCUAAAGCCACAAAGAUUAGUACUAUAUCUACAGGAAAGAGUAAGUACACGCCGAAAGAUAGCGACCCGCACGACCAGGAUUCUGUCAGUUCUGAAGCAAAUCAUAACGAACAUCAGGGUGUAACUCGACUCGUCUCCGACAAUGAGAAGAAGAAGACAAAGAAAGCGACGCCCAAAAAGAAACCCAAGAAGCGAUACUGGAGUAAAGACGAUAAGUCGCAAAAUAAGUUAAUCGUACCGAUUCUGUCCAAUGAGAAUUCUGUUAGCGAUAUGAUUGAUAAUCCGGAGAAUCGCAACACCUCCUCCGAGAGUAACUCAAAGGAGACCCACGACGAAGAUCUAGAAGUUGUGGAAGCCGGUUCUGCCAAGUCUCAAAAGCGCUUGAGACCCAAUCAGCAGAACACCGUGUACCAGUUCAUUGAGGAGAAACAACGAAUAUCAUUAACUCGAGAGCGUCGAGCUGCGAGGACUCUCGGCAUAAUAAUGGGAGUGUUCGUCGUGUGUUGGCUUCCAUUCUUUGUCCUAUAUCUCGUAAUACCGUUUUGUUCGAGCUGCUGUUUAUCGAACAAGUUCACGAACUUCGUAACUUGGCUGGGAUAUGUAAAUUCAGCCCUAAACCCUUUAAUAUACACGAUAUUUAAUAUGGAUUUCAGAAGGGCGUUUAAGAAAUUGCUCUGUAUGAAGCCGUAA